AUGGCGUUCGCACUGCUGCGCCCCGUCGGCGCGCACGUGCUGUACCCGGACGUGCGGCUGUUGAGCGAGGACGAGGAGAACCGGAGCGAAAGCGACGCCUCCGAUCAGUCGUUCGGCUGCUGCGAGGGCCUGGAGGCGGCACGGCGCGGCCCGGGCCCCGGGGGCGGGCGGCGGGCGGCGGGCAGCGCGGGCCCGGUGGUGGUGGUGCGACAGCGGCAGGCGGCCAACGCGCGGGAGCGGGACCGCACGCAGAGCGUGAACACGGCCUUCACGGCGCUGCGCACGCUCAUCCCCACCGAGCCGGUGGACCGCAAGCUGUCCAAGAUCGAGACGCUGCGCCUGGCGUCCAGCUACAUCGCACAUCUGGCCAACGUGCUGCUGCUGGGCGACGCGGCCGACGACGGGCAGCCGUGCUUCCGAGCUGCCGGCAGUGCCAAGAGCGCGGUCUCCGCCGCCCCCGACGGCGGCCGCCAGCCACGCUCCAUCUGCACCUUCUGCCUCAGCAACCAGCGCAAGGGGGGAAGCCGUCGUGACCUGGGGGGCAGCUGCUUGAAGGUGAGGGGGGUAACCCCACUUCGAGUGCCACGGAGAUGA